UAAAUUAAACGCCUUUCCUGCGUUCUGAAUGUUGUGAUGAGUUGCUUACUUCAUGCGAGUAACAACGUGAUAUUUUAAUUAAAAUAGAAAUAAAAGAAAAAUGUGAGGGACAUUGUCAGUGGCAAUGAAGGAAGAUGUAUUAUUAAAGUUUUUAAAAUAAUUUAGUCUUCCAAAUAAUUUAUAAAUGUAUUACUCUAAUUAUUUAUUAUAUAAUUUUACUAAUAUAACUAUAUGCUGUGAUUAAUCAUUUAUUGUAUCUAUUGCAGACAUGUCAGAACAUGUUGAACUGCACCAUUUACUUGAUGGUGAUAUUGAAAAUAACACAACAACACAACAAAAACGAUUUUCAAUUCUAAUGUGCAAAUCAUGCCCUUAUCUUGGUUUAAUAUUGGCAACAUUAUCAUCAUUAUUUUUUUCAUUAUGCAGUGUCAUUGUGAAGGGCUUAGUGGAAGUAAAUCCAAUGGAAUUGGCAGCAUUUCGGUUCGUGGGUGUAUUAUUACCAGCAAUACCAAUUGUAAUAUAUAAGGGUGAACAUCCAUUUCCAAAGGGACGUAGAUUAAUGCUAAUACUAAGAAGUUUUGUGGGGACCACUGGCCUCAUGUUAAGUUUCUAUGCAUUUCGGCAUAUGCCAUUAGCUGAUGCAUCUGUUGUAGUAUUUUCUGUUCCUGUAUUUGUAGCCAUAUUUGCCAGAAUAUUCCUAAAAGAGCCUUGUGGAUUAUUUAAUGUUAUAACAGUUUGUUUAACACUGAUUGGUGUAAUCUUAAUAACACGUCCACCACUAAUUUUUGGACAUACUAUCGAGUCACUUUCAGAUGGCCACAUAAAAACACAACAUGCAGAUUUAUGGGGAGCUGUAGCAGCUUUUUCAGCAACUCUUUUUGGUGCAAAUGCAUAUGUUUUGCUACGAGCUUUAAAAGGCCUCCAUUUCUCAGUAAUUAUGACAAAUUUUGGAUCAUUUGCCUUGAUUCAGACAAUAGUUAUAUCUUGGGCUAUAGGUGCAUUGUGCUUACCUCGGUGUGGGACUGACAGACUUUUAGUUGUUGCACUUGCUCUUUUCAGUUUUGGAGGUCAAAUACUGUUAACAUUAGCUUUACAAAUGGAACAAGCAGGACCAGUUGCAAUAGCAAGAUCAGCAGACAUAGUUUUUGCCUUUUUCUGGCAAGUUUUAUUUUUCAAUGAAAUACCAAAUCCUUAUUCAGUAGGAGGAGCAAUUGUAGUUACAAGUUCAGUUUUAUUAACAGGACUAAGAAAAUGGGCGCUUUCAUUACCAGAAACAUCUAAUGUUAAAAAAUCCUUAGGUAUUUUGGUGAUGUGAAUUAUGAACUAUAAAUGAGAGAAAUAUGAUUUCUUCUUAUUGCAUUUUUUGUUUUCGUAAUAUUAAUUUUAAUAGAAAGAGAUUGUUCAUAAGUAGACGUAAUUUUGGCUUGCAUGAAUGAAUUUUUAAAAAUAAAGUAAGAUUUAUAUAUAAUAUGUAUAUAAAUUUUUUAAAUUUUACAAAAUUAAAUUGCUCCAAAUUUAAAAGGAUAUCCUAUAUUAUAGCUAUAUUGCUAUGUUUCACAGUGAGAUCGUACUGUAUUAUUAAUACUGUUUUGUUACAAAAUGUUAUAUUUUCCUAAUAAAUUAAUGAUUGUCAUUACAAAUUCUAGUCUAAAACUCAGUAUUAUGAAAAAAAUUCUUCAGACAUAUUUUAAUGUACAUUUGUUACGUGUAAGUCUUCAUUUCAUGUGAUAUACUAUAAUGAUGUUUGUAUUCUACAGUAUGCACAAGAUAACAAAGCACUUUCUUAUACCGUACUAUACUUUUAAAAUAAUCAAUUUUUAUGCAAAUAUAAAUAUUAUAGUUGAAUUAAAAUUAGAUAAUGCACAAAUGUUAAGAAAUAUAAGUUUAUUAAAACAAAAUACAUGUUAUUUAACAUUUCUAUACCAAUAUGGAUUAAUAAAAUAAUGAACGUUAUUUAAUACAAAAAUUUCAAUCUCUACAAAAUUAUAAAUUACAUUGUUUAUAACUUUACAAUGUAAUUUAUAUUUUUACAUUGCAUUAUUUUAUGUGCAUGAAAAAUAUAAGAAAGUUUAAACACAUACAUAUUUGAAUAGUAAUAUCCAGAAAUAGGUAUUUUAUUAUUUCAUGUACAUUGUUUCUGAUCAUGGACUAGAGUAUACUAUCUUAAUACUAUUUCAAAAAAAAUUUUGUAAGAAACGUUUAUUCAACAACGAAUAAAUAGUGAAAUAUUUAAAUAAAUUCUAAUUUAUAGUACAUAAAUACAAAGUUAUGUAAACUUGUACUUUGAAAAUAUUGUUGUGUAUGAUACAAAUUAUGAUACAAUAAAGUUUGUAUUAGAAUGUUUAUAUUAAUUUAUUUUACUACUAGAAAUAUGUUUGAAAACGUAUAAUUUCAGUUUUUAAAUUUUUAAAAAAUUAAAAAUCUUAUAUAUAGCAAAGCAUAUAAAUCAUAAGAGAGAUUAAUUUGUUCUUAAAAAAGGAUACAAUUAAAAUAUUCUGUUUUACUUGUGAGGUUAUUUAUGAUAUUUAACAUGUCAAUAUACGUAUAUGUAUAAUAUUGUAUAAUUUCAAGGUGUGUGUGAAUUAAAUACAUCUGACGUCUAUUAUUCAUAUAUUCAUAUAUUAAGCGUUGGUCUACCUGAUUUUACCUACAUCAGGAUCACGACCGUGUUCUACAUCGACGCCAUUCGUCGUAUAUCAUAGAAUAUUAGAUAAGUUUAAAUAUUUAAAACAAGAAAUGUAUAAAUGUAAUAAUAUAUACUAUAAUAGAAAAUAGUAAUGUGAUAAAUAUGUAAAUACUGACAUGUUAGAAGAGAUAAUGAACUUAAUACUCGUCGUAUUUCCUAAUAACAAUAUAAUAUAGUAGAAUAGAAUAUAAUGGAUAUAAUAAUAAGCAAUAAAGCUUAAAAAGCGUAUUGAUGAGAUAAGUAAGAAUUAUUCUUUGAUCCGUGAUAUAUAUGAACAAUCAGCAAGAACUAAUAGAAAAUCGUAGCGCUGAAGAGAAAUUCGGGAUCGUCGUGAUUUCUAAAGAGAUCAACGAUCCACAACUGUUACACUAAUUAACUAGUUCCUCAUUCGACGAUCCUAUGCUGUGUCUAUUAGCGUAAGAAAGAACAAGAUAUCGUUUGUGCCCGUAUUCAUUGAUGUAUUUACGAAGAAUACUUCGUCGAGUAGGGAUUUCACACGAAGCAGUAAGAAGAACAAUACUUGGAAAAGGUUUACAUCCUUACAAGGUUUAUCGUGUGUAAGGACCUCAUAGGAUGGGUUAUGCCGCCUGACGAAACUUUUGUCACUGAAUGCUAAGAAAAUUAGAAUGUAAUUAACGCUAUCUUGAAGAUAUCUUGUUCGCGAAUAAUAGCAGUCCUUCACUGGAAGGACUGCUGUUAUUAUUGCUACUGAGUAAUAUUCAGAAUUACCGGAAUGCUACAAUUUUCACGUAUAUCCACAUUAUGAUACAGAAAUUUAAUCAGGACCGCUUGGACAGGCCCGGUUUAUUGUAUAUCUGACAUUAACAUGUAAAUAAAAUCAGUUUGAAAAUUAAAGUGAUUGAUAUUAUA